AUGUCAGAUCCUUCUAAAUCCUCUUCACGUGCAGAGGACGACUUUUUUGCUUUCGGUGGUGACGAUGAAGAUUAUGAUCUUCCUCCUCCAAGUAAGAAGCGAAAGAAGAAAGGACACAAGAAGCAUCAUCAUCAUACUAAGAAAAGCCAAGAAAAUGAGUCCACUUCAAAAUCUGGUGGAAGAUUAUCCAAGAUGGACGUAAGCAGUCCAUCAAAGAACAUUUCUUUCAAAAGCGAGUCGAAAGAAGAACCCAAAAACGACGAUCUCAUGAAGAUGCUUGGGAUUCAAGAUGACGACAGUGAUGAAGACUACAUUACGGGACUUAUAAUCAAUGAGAAAAGUUCUAUAAAAACGACCAGGAGUGAACCAAUAUCUGUUAAGGGUAAACGAGCUAGUGAGGAUGAACAGCUAUUAGAGCAGUUGGACUCGGAUAUAAUGAAGGUGGAGAAAUACGAGACGAUGGCAGAGAUGGAAGAAGCUUUAGAUCGAGUACCGACGGAUUUUCUUGCGCAGACUGUGGUGGUGAAUGGUGAAAAGAUGAAUGUUAGCGAUACCAAAUUCAAGAUCGAUGUAACCGUGGAGUUAGGGGAUCGAAGCCUCACCAUAUCACUCACUGCCAAGGGAAGUACUCAUUUCAAGAAGAUCCAAGAGAAGAUCUGUGCAUGGCUAUAUCCAAAGUACAUUGAACAACCAGUGAUGAUGCCUGAAACAUUGGUAUUCUACAUAAAAGAGCUGGAUUUGAUAGUGAAGCAGUUUCUCAAAAUAGGUUACUUGCUUCAAUUAUCCAAAAAGAAUGGAAAGAUAUCACUUCCUAUCACCGACGAUGGCUAUCAUUUCUGUACCACUAUGAGCACUGAGACAAAGAUUCAGGCGACUAGGCAGUUACUGAACUUGGGUAAACAAUCAACUUCAGAAGCUGCAUCUAGUGGAAACGGCGAUCCAGAGAUUACUAUCAACCUGAAGGAUAGGAAAACUGGCAGAUCGACUACUAUUGCCACCAAGAGAACUUCUGUGAUGAUAGACCUUGUCAGUAUAUUUCUUGUUCGUCUUCACUAUCCAGAUAUGUUGAAGGUGACAUUGUAUGGCUCUGAUGGGGCUGCAUUACCUGCUGAAUCUUCAAUUGGAGAUAGCAAAAUCGGGGAAAACGAGACAAUUGAGUUGGACUAUGAUCAGAGAGAUUUCGAUGAGUUACAGGAAGCGGCUAAGCAGCACAAAAGUGACGAUGAGUAUGACAAUGACAACGAUAUUGAUCUUCGCCAUAAUUUGGAUCUUACUAGGGAGCAAGACAACUCUUACUUUACCAUUAAUAUGGUUGGAAAGGACAAGAAAUCUUACAAAGUGCAAGUUAAUCCAGAUACAGAGAUCCGAUUAAUGAUUGACUAUUAUCGGAGUAAAGCUAAGGUUGAAGCCAAAGUUUUGAUUUCACUCCUUUUUGAUGACGAAUUGCUUCUGCCGUCGAUGAAAGUUAGUGAUACCGAAUUAGAAGAGGACUUUAUAGUGGAUGUAAUGUUACAAUAG